UAAAGGCUCCGCGCCCUCGCGGCCCCGCACCUUCUGGUCCCGACACAGACUCAGAGAGAACCAACCAUGGUGCUGUCUGCCGCCGACAAGAGCAACGUCAAGGCCUGCUGGGGUAAGAUUGGGUCCCAUGCUGGCGAAUAUGGCGCAGAGGCCCUGGAGAGGACCUUCUGCUCCUUCCCCACCACCAAGACCUACUUCCCCCACUUCGACCUGAGCCACGGCUCCGCCCAGGUCAAGGCCCACGGCCAGAAGGUGGCCGAUGCGCUGACGCAGGCCGUGGCCCACAUGGACGACCUGCCUACCGCCAUGUCGGCUCUGAGCGACCUGCACGCGUACAAGCUGCGUGUGGACCCCGUCAACUUCAAGUUCCUGAGCCACUGCCUGCUGGUGACCCUGGCCUGCCACCACCCCGCGGAAUUCACCCCCGCCGUCCACGCCUCCCUGGACAAGUUCUUCAGCGCUGUGAGCACCGUGCUGACCUCCAAAUACCGUUGAGUGAAGCCGGGGCGAUCGUCCUGAGGGCCCGGGGCCUCUUGGGCUCCGGGCACCCGAACUUCCUGAUCUUUGAAUAAAGUCUGAGUGGGCUGCA